UCAUCCGAUCCGCGCGGCCGCGCUGGCUGUGUCAAGUUACAGAGGCGCCGGAAUCGGCCCCAGCACGGCUCACUGCGGCCACGACCCACCUCUGCCCAUGGAGCCCUGCAUGCGCGCCCCUUCGCCUGGGGACUGACACCCGCUCGCCCCGGAGACUCAAGACACCUAGUAGGACCCCGAGCGUCGCACCAGCCCGAGGACUCUGCAGAAGCGAGAAGAGAAAGAGCGGGAGAGCGGAGUCAGAUCCCCCAACUUGGAACACUCUUCGAAAUAACAUUUUUUCCUACUUUGGCGUACCCCGAUCGCGCCUGCUGGUGGCUCUCGGCUGUCCCCCUACUCCGACUGCUCAUUUUCUGUCCUCUUUAGAGAGCAAAGGAAAGGGACGUCCUCCGGCCACGCUAGCCCCCCCACGUCCCUCCUGCCUCACUGUUCGGAUUGUGCUUCUUGGAUCUCGUUUUUUAUUUAUUCUAUUUAUUUAUUUAUUGGUUCUUAAGACGCGAGGGGAUGGUGGCGGAGCGCGCCCGCAAAGCGGCAGCCACCGGCACUCGCGGCCCUGGGGAGCUGGGCGCGCCCGGGCCCGGGACAGGGGCGCUGGCGGAGCAGUGCACGAGGCUGCCGAGCCCCGGGUGCUGCGGACUGCUGGCUCUGGCGCUGUGCUCGCUGGCACUCAGCCUGCUCGCCCACUUUCGGACCUCCGAGCUGCAGGCCCGGGUGCUGCGCCUGGAAGCGGAGCGCGGGGAGCAGCAAAUGGAGAAAGCUAUUUUGGGACGAGUCAACCAACUGCUGGACGAGAAAUGGAAGUUCUACUCACGCAGGCGCCGGGAGGCUCCCAAGAUGUCUCCAGGAUGUAACUGCCCACCAGGGAUGCACGAAGGUUGUGCCUUCACCGGCAGUGUCGGCCUCGUCCCUCACCUCUCCUGA